AUGGGCUCUUAUACUCCAGUGGAGAUGAGCGCCCAGGAAUCAGCAUUACGGCCAGACUCGAGUUUUCCUCCCAUAGCCAUAGAUCUUUCGCGAUCAGUGCCGCCAAUGGAGGUCCCCCAAGCCAAGCGCAACACGAUUAACCAACGGCGCUGCCGCGCCCGCCGACAGGUGUACAUUGAAGACCUCGAGCGCCGUAUACGCGCUUACGAAGCCCAAGGCGUGCAGGCCACUGCAGAAGUGCAACUGGCAGCACGCAGGGUUGCGGAGGAGAAUCGUGUCUUGAGAGAGGAAGUCAAGGCUUUGCGGGAGCAGAACGAAAUUCUGCAGAGGUCCUUGGCCGGGCGUUCCAGCGGUUUUCCGCAGAGGGAAGACAAGGUGGACGGUCCCUCCUGUGAUGAUGGACGACGGAAGAUCAGACGCACCGGCCCAACAAGGAAGAGCCGUGUGUUCGACGGCAAGACAUUCGCACAGGGCACUCCCUUUACGGUCAUGCCAGCACCACCAAGUCAGCUUCGUGAAAUAGUCGCCAAGCCAACCAGCAAUAAAAUGACGAACUCGACGACAACUGUGUUUUCUUCACGACCUCCAUCAUUUGUGUCCGGACCGCCUCCGAGCUCAUUCAGUGUGCACGACGUCGCAGCAGUCAACGGUCAAACGCACGAAGAUCGUAUUUGGACUCCACUAGUUGAAGAGGCAGACGAUACCCCGGCGCUGAUGCCUUCGCCUCCAUCCUCGAACUUUGCCACUUCCGACCUUGAGAUAUCAUCAACCGCACGUCACCCAUCUUCCACCCCAUCCCCUGCUGUCUCUCCCGCCCCAUCCAAGCAAAGACUCUGCCAGCCGCCCCUCACGGCAAACAGCACGCCCUGUCUCGAAGCCGCCCUCAUCAUUGCCAGCAUGCGCGGCGUGCCUUGCGACGACAUCAAAAUGGAGACCGAAAUUCUCCCCGAACUAGGUUGUCACGGACCUCUCGCGCGCCCGAAAUGCAUAGCACCCGAGGCCUGCAGGGUGGAUGACCGUGAAUACAACGUGCGUAGAUCCGAGGACAUUAGUACCACGGGCACCGGUGGGGAUGAAUCAAGUUCGGACCUAUCCAGGUGCGUCGUCGACAAUGGGCGACUAUUCGGUAUUCUCGCGCGGGAAGGGUGA